GGCGCCGGCUCUUUUUCUGGGCGACAGCUGGGGUCUUCUGUGUCUGAGGUUCGGGACGGGGCAGGGAUAAGGACCGAUCGGUUCGGCGGGACUCAAAUGAGGCCGGGACGGGGCAGGACAGGCUCAGUGUAGGAUGAGGAGCUCCUGGCUGAACUCUUCCCAGUCUCACAGCCAUGCCAUUAAUUGACCUCCAGGGAAAGCUGGGCAUCAACAUUGACAAGUGGAUGCUAAUCCAAAGUGGUGCACAGCCCCACAAUCGGCCAUCCCGUUGUCACGUGUUUGAGAAGGAGUGGAUUGAAUGUGCUCAUGGAAUCGGGAAAAUCAGAGCCAUGAAAGAGUGUAAACUGGAAAUGGAAGAUUUCUAUGAAUGUAUAAACCGAACUAAGUUGGAAAAAAGGCUGAACACCAUCAGAGCACAAAGAGAAAAGCUGAUAAAGGAAGACAAGUACGCUCCUCCAGACUACCACACCGGCAAAGGUGACCAACGUCCAUAAGUGUUGUCCUUGUCUUCAUUACCCAUACAGGAGCAAGCAUCAGAUGAUCCUCUCAACAGUCUAAAAACUGGAACAUUACAGUUAGCUUGUGCUGAAGGUUAUCAUGGGACAAUGCACAGCUUCUGUGUCCGGUUUAGUUGGGUUGUUUUGGGAUGGCUAUUUGUGGGCAAUGAUUGUGCAACUUGUCUAUAAAGAUUAUUAAAUCUAAUUACGAUAUUGAUUGUUAGCUUUGUUUGUCAUCUGUGAUGAGAGAUUCUAUGAUUCCAGUCUUUUUACUGUCACCUUUGGCUCAGCUGAUAGCUUGCCCACAGUCUUGCCUUCGACUUCCGGUUCAGAAACCGUGCACAAGAAUCUGGACUGAUGACUGACCUUCUGAAGAAAUACUGCACUAUCAGAGAUCUGUUCUCUGCCCUCUGCUCUCUCCCAAGAGAGUAAGGUUCUCUUGCCAAUAAUUCAAGGAAGAAUCCCUGGUUAUCCAUCUGACCUGCCCAAUACUUAUUUGUAAACAUUAAUAAAACAUAUUGAGGACAUUA